AUGGCUCUGCGCUCUUGCUGUCGACAGCUGGCUGCACAGGUAGCUCGUUUAAAGCACAGUGUUAACGACUGUACGAGAAAUAUAUGCGGUUCUAGUUUAUCUUUUGCAAGAAUCAAAUCGCUGCAUGCGCCGGCUGGUGUGUUCGUGCGGUCGAGCCGCUGGCGCAGAAGGUCACGGCAUCUGUGUGUCAGUGAGAAGCGUCACUCAGGCACUGCGGGGGUCAGCAGCUGGACUCUUGCGUGGGGUGUCAUGGCCUUUUCGCUUUUUGGAAGCUCUGAUGAGAGGACUGAAGAACAAAAACUUGAGGACGAACUUAUUCUGCUCUUGAAGAAAGCCAAGUACAGCAUGAUGAUUGGAGAACUGGAUGCUGCCAGUGGUUUCUUACACAAAACUGUUCGACCGGCACAUCAGAUGCACAAUAAUGAUGCCAUAAUUUACACACACAGCCUGAUGGCGAAUCUUGCCUUUGUCCAAGGUCAGCUGGAUAAUGCUGAGAAGCUGUUCAAAGCAGCCAUGAGUUUUAUGCUGUCAGGAGGAACACCACAGGAUGACAAUGCAGUGAUUGAGAUGUCGCUGAAGCUGGCCAGCAUAUAUGCCACUCAAAACAAGAACAAAUUGGCAGAGCAUGGCUUCCAGUUCUGCACAGAGUCCUUAGAGGCCAAGAUUGAGAAACAAAAGGAGUUUCCUCCAGAAAGCCUGUCAGAUGAGGAGCGCAAAGACACCAAGUUGCUGCUCGGUCUUAGUCUGGAUGCAAGGGCGCGUUAUUUGGCAGCUAAUCAUCGUUUCACAGGUGCCUGCAGAGAUUAUCAGCAAGCGCUACAGAUCUGCCAGGAGGAGCAGGGAGAGUCCCAUCCACAGUCCCUGGUUCUGAUGAGUGACCUGGCGACCGUGUUAGACCUGCAAGGGAAGCAUGAUGAGGCUCUGGCUCAUGUGAAGAAGGCCGUUGAGCUUGGACAGGCAGCGGGUCACCCUGAUCAACAUGAGCUGCUUGGGAAUAUGGCGGGAAUUCUGAUGCACAAAGGGGAGUUUGAGGAGUCUGGUACACUGUACCAAAAAGCUCUGGCUCUAGCACAUGCAGCAGGAGAUGGAGAGGCCAUAGAGCAGCUUCAGGAGGGGCUGAAAGAGCUGGCUAGCAGGAGAGAUGGGCAAACGGACAGCAAACCUAAGGAACAGGAACUUAAGGAAUGAUCCAAAUGAUGCCUGU